AUGGUAAAAAGAAAUAUGUGGAAGCGAUGUUGGAAGCUGAACUUAUCGGAAGUUGCCGCUUUUCCUGAAAAUCAGUGCAGCAAACCGGCAUGUAUUGAGUCGAUGACAUGGUCACCUGAUGGUGCGAUACUCGCUGUGGCGAUGAGUGAUGGUCAUUUACAUCUGAUUGAAGCGGAACAGGGCGUAGUCAGAUGGUCGAGAAAGCUUGGACGGAGCACUUGUGCUCAACAAAUGCGAUGGUUUUGGAGUGGUGAUCCCCCAGAUCCGAAAUCACGUCUGAAAUGGGACUGGUCAUACGAGGAUGAGACCAAGGCAGCGGCGAGCAUCUUUGGCAACGGUGAUGUCGUCGAUGAACGCCUUGGAAAGAGCUUAUUGUACGAGAUUCUAUACCUAAAGUCGCUGCGACAAACUGUUCUGUUUAUGAUACGUGAUGAUUUCGUAGUGUUGGUAUUAGCUGGUGGAAUUCUGCCUCUUUGCGAAAUACGACUGAUGGAGAAACUUGGUAAGUUUCAGUCCCGCACUUGGAGCGGGUUAUGGAUC